GGGACCAGUCGGAGCUGAGGAACCGGGGUCGGACCGUGACUCCCUAAAACGGAAACCGUCGCCUUUCGGGCCCGGCGGGGCCUGCGACGACGCAGAAUCCGGGGCCGCGCUGCGCUGCGCUGCGCGUAGGAACCGCCAGGCAGCCGCUGCCGAUCCGAGCGGGCUCGGGGACGGACCGGAAGUGCGUGAGGGCGGCCGUGGAACGCUCCGCCGGGCCCGGGCCGCCGCGCAGACCAUGCUCCUGGUGCGCCUGACCUCCCCGCUGUUCAGGGCCGUUCCCUGGGCCGGCCGCCGCGGGCUCUGGCCCAGCUCGGGAGCGCCGCGCGGCCGGGCCUGCGGGCGGGGGAGCAGCGCGCAGCCAGCCGGCCCGGGCGGGGCGGCCCCCCUCCCCCGCAGGGCGGCCCCGCCGGCGCUGGAGGAGACGCUGGUCCCCAGGAAGAUGUCCGUCGGCCCGCUGGAGAGCUGGCUUACGGCCCGCUGCCUCCUGCCCGGACUGGAUGCCGGGACCCCGGGGACUGUGGCUCCACCCCAGGCCCACGAGUGUCCGCCCUGCCGCACGGGGGAGGGGGCCGCGCAGGGGCACGGGGGGGUCGGGGGGGCGCCCCCGAUGCGGUGCAGAAACGUGCUGAAGAUCCGCCGGCGGAAGAUGAACCGCCAUAAGUACCGGAAGCUGGUGAAGAGGACGCGGUUCCUGCGGCGGAAGGUCCGGGAAGGGCGCCUGAAACGGAAGCAGCUCAAGUUCGAGAGAGACCUGAGGCGCAUCUGGCUGAAGGCGGGGCUGAAGGAAGCCCCCGAAGGCUGGCAGACCCCCAAGAUCUACCAGCGGGGCCGAUGAGCCUGGCACCGCCCUCCCGCCGCUGCUGCUGUGAUCCGUGGGAAUAAAUGCUCGGAGUACUCAGCCGUCCCCGC